UCAAAUCCCCAAACCGCGAUAGUCGCACUACGCCGUUUGCUUUUUCAAAUAUUCAUUUCAUCUCAACCGUCCAUCCCGCUCCUGAUCUCGAAUUCAAAUUUCGAUAAAAAAAACCAGUCUCAUUGCAUCAGACAGUGAAGUGCUCUGCUUCAGUUCAAUCCAGACACCGGACGGGCAGCCGAAGAAGAAGAGAAUCAGGCAAGGAGACGUGUAGCUGAGACUCAAGAUCCACCGUCGUCCGUCGGAUUGAUUCCACCCGCUUGAGUAGUAGGAAGCAUUUCGCUCACUCGAUUCCUCCCGUUUCUGUUCUUCCAGCCCACCGGCCACCGCCAGGUAACUCAGAUUCCUUCCAUUUCAGCAUUGACUCCCACAUUCCGGCUUUCUGCUUGCUUUCUCAACUCCAUCUUUCCCUUGAUUAUGUGCUUCUAUCAGGAUGUUAAGGGAUUUCAAAUUCCUGCGCCGGAAUUCCGGCAAGAACAGCGAGGAAAUAGAGAAUGUGCCUCUAAACCCUAGGGAUUCGCUGUCGAGCCAGGCUAGCUCGGAAUUGACCUCUAGACCUCCACUGAACACUAUCCAAGAUCCCUCCCAGCAAGAGGUGGCCGGUCGAAGCAAGAUAGAACGAACUCCAACAAAGCCUAAAUCGAAAGCCUCCGAAUCCACAUUGCCGCCUCUUCGCACGCCGGAGAGGAAGUACCGAUUCGGGUGGCCUCAUCGGAACGAUUCAAACAUGAUUCCAGGAGAAGUGAGGGACGAGGCCAGGACUGAUGUGAAGGACCAUACCUUGGCGAGAGUGGGGUUACCUACUGCAACCCCGAGGUCUGUCAGGACUGUUGGGAGGGAUACGUCGAGUUACUCAGAAUGUACUUCCACACGAACCACGCCGACGAAGAGCGUCUCGAAGCCUCCUAGUUCGGCUUACAGGAGUAAGCUGGAUUUGAAUGGCGGAGCUGGACGCACGGGCAACAUUGGUGCUUUGUACAGAGGUGUACCGGUGGCUGGUUCUUCGACUCCAGCUGUUGUUAAUACCGUUGAAGUUCCGCAUUUUGACCUGAAAGAGGAUCCAUCGUUCUGGAUGGAUCAUAAUGUACAGGUUCUUGUACGGGUACGGCCUGUAAAUAGCAUGGAGAGGAGCACACAAGAGUACAAUAGGUGUUUGAAACAAGAGAGUGCUCAGACCAUUACUUGGAUUGGGCAGCCAGAAUCUCGGUUCACAUUCGACCAUGUUGCUUGUGAGACAGUUGACCAGGAAAUGCUGUUUCGGAUGGCUGGUCUUCCAAUGGUGGAGAAUUGCUUGUCUGGCUACAAUAGUUGCAUCUUUGCUUAUGGCCAGACCGGAAGUGGAAAAACAUUCACAAUGCUUGGUGAAAUAGAUGGUCUGGAAGUAAAACCCAGCGUACAACGUGGAAUGACACCGAGGAUUUUCGAGUUCUUAUUUGCAAGGAUCCAAGCUGAAGAGGAAAGCCGGAGGGAUGAAAGACUUCAAUAUAGUUGCAAGUGCUCUUUCUUGGAGAUUUAUAAUGAGCAGAUUACAGAUCUCCUUGAGCCUUCUUCUACCAAUUUAAUGUUGAGGGAAGAUGUCAAGGCUGGUGUUUACGUGGAGAAUCUCUCAGAGUUUGAAGUGCAUACAGUUAGCGACAUUAUAAAGCUGUUGGCCGAGGGCUCCUUGAACAGGAAAGUUGCAGCAACAAAUAUGAAUAGAGAGAGCAGUCGCUCGCACAGUGUGUUCACUUGUGUAAUUGAAAGCAGAUGGGAAAAAGAUUCUACAACUAACCUAAGGUUUGCAAGGUUAAACCUAGUUGAUCUGGCAGGUUCUGAAAGGCAGAAAAGUUCAGGUGCCGAAGGUGAGCGUUUAAAAGAAGCUGCAAGCAUCAACAAAUCAUUGUCAACAUUAGGCCAUGUCAUAAUGAUUCUAGUUGAUGUGGCAAAUGGAAAACAGAGGCAUGUUCCUUAUAGAGAUUCAAGGUUGACAUACCUUCUACAGGACUCUCUCGGUGGAAACUCGAAAACAAUGAUCAUUGCUAAUGUCAGCCCCUCUAUAAGCUGUGCUGCGGAGACAUUGAACACUCUAAAGUUUGCUCAACGAGCUAAACUUAUCCAAAACAAUGCUGUUGUCAAUGAGGAUGCCAGCGGGGAUGUCAUUGCACUACAACAUAAGAUUCGGCUUUUAAAGGAGGAGAUAUCUUUCCUGAAACGGCAGAAUGUGUUCAGGUCUUUGUCAUUCGACUCAUCUCACAAUGCUAUCGACCCAGUACAAGAUAAUGCAUCCUCCGGAAAAUUCUCAGAAAUGGAACCACUGCAGGCUAGCAAUUCACUCGAGUUUGAAUCCAAAGGCACUGUUAGGUUAUCCACCAAGCAGUUGAAAUCCCUGGAGUCAACCCUUGCUGGUGCCUUAAGACGAGAGCAGAUGGCAGAGACUGCUAUAAAGAACCUUGAAGCAGAAAUUGCACAAUUGAACCGAUUGGUUCGUCAAAGAGAGGAAGACACCAGGAGCACAAAAAUGAUGCUUAGAUUCCGGGAAGACAAGAUUCAGAGAAUGGAAUCACUUCUUGGUGGCGCACUACCUCAUGACAGUUAUUUGAUGGAAGAGAACCAAGCAAUGCUUGAAGAGACUCGGUUGUUGCAAGCUAAAGUAGAUAAAAACCCUGAAGUAACCCGGUUUGCAUUAGAGAACAUCAGGCUUCUGGAGCAGAUUAGGAGGUUUCAAGAAUUCUAUGAGGAAGGGGAGAGAGAGAUACUCCUGGAUGAAGUAUCCAAACUCCGAGAACAGUUGAUUCAAUUCCUUGACGGGACAUCUAUGCCUCACCACCAUGUAGAUAUGGAUGAUCAAACUAAGUUGAAGAACACAGCUGAUGAGUUGGAGCAAAGCAAACUCAAUUUGAAAUCUUGCCUGGAGGAGAACCAAAGACUGAGCAGACAAAUUGACGAUCUACAUAAGAUGUUGGAUGACUUUAGAUCUGCAGCCACCAUUGAGGAUGUCGAUUUGAGAAAUAAAAAGGAUUCAGUUGCAGCCGAUCGUGCUGCAAUUGGUUUAGUAAAUCAUGCAGAAGAAAUAUUGCAUUUGCAGCUGGAGUUGGACAUAUUGAAGAUAAUUUUUGUAGAAGAGAGAUCAUCCAAGGAAGAAGCAGAGGUAAAAGCAAGGACCUUUUCGGCAGAACUGGAGGUAGCAAAAGAAAGCUUUCUGGUUUUGAACAAGCAGUUUCAUGAUGUUGCUCAUGUACUCAAAGAGACCAAGUUGGUUCUUGAAGCUCUUGAAUCAGAUCAAAUGCUGGCAAUUUCUGACAUAGAAAAGCUGAGAGAAGACAACAAUUGUUAUGUCAAGCUUUUGACAGAGAAGGAGGCUGAAAUCAUGGAUUUACAAGAGCAACUCCUAUCGAAUGACUUACAGGAACAUUUGCCGAGGAAUAUGGAGGAGGACUCUGUGUUGGCAAAAAAGCUGAAGAGGAUGCAAGUUUCAAUCGAGCAGGCGAAGAAGAUGAACACAUGGUACUACAAUGACCUUGCAUGUCAGGCAAGUAAGGAAGCAGAAGUGGAUGAAGUUCGUCGGCAGGCUGAAGCUGAAACUGCAGAGGUCAUCAUUUGUUUGGAGCAAGAACUUGCAUCGCUUCAGCAACAGGUCCAAGGUUUCCAUUUGAAAGAGACAGUGACGAAAAGCUCUAUGAUGCUUUUGGAGGCCAAACUGAAAGAGUCGCAUGACAAACUGGAUAUGCUAACUGAAGAAAACAAUGAGUUACUUGAAAAGCUUGAGAUUAAAGAAGAGGAAUUGAGAGAAUUAUCUCAAGAGUGGGAGCUUCUGGCUUGUGAGAUGGAGGAAGUUCUUGCUGAUGGACAUGAUGCCGUCAUUGAUGCUUCCCAUCAGCUUGAAGAAAUCUCCAGUUUUCUCCCGGAGAAGCGAGUGUGGAUCUCUGAACAAGUAAGCAGGUUAAUUAGGACAGUCUCCGAGAAAGAGGUACUAGUUGAAGAACUUGGCAAAUGUCUAGAGGAUGCCAACCACCAAAGAAGUGAAGUGGAUCACAUGAUCAAGUCUUUGAGGAGUGCAGCAUUAGUUAUCAAUGAAGCGCACGAGCAGGAGUGCAAUGAAAAAGAAAUGGAAAUUGUCGGCUUAAAGUCCCACUUGAGAGACCACACAUCCGCAAUCGCAGAGCUGGAGGAUGAACUGAAGAUAGCAAAGCACCUUAUCGGUAAUGCAUCGCUUUGCGCUGCCAUUGGGUUUGUACUCGCGAAGAGAUUCUCUGAGGAACAUCUUGACAAUCUCAAUGAAUUAAAGUACAAGGACCUUCAACUCUGUGAAUUGGCAGUGACUAACCAGAGGCUGGUAAGUCUUCUCCAAGAUCAUGCUGCAACUACUGAAGGAGCUGAAGCAGAAAUUCAAUCUUUGAGAAUGGAAAUAGGUGAAUUGAAGAAAACGUGCAGCAAUCUUGAAGAAGCACUUAGUAAAGAGGAAAAACGAGCCUCUUCCAUGCAGCUUCAGCUUGAAGUUAUUGAAGAAAAUGACGUUUUACAGACCAAGGAAAGGUUGGCUGAGUUCAAAGCUGAAGUAUGCUCAAUCCGUUCGUGCCUUGGCCCUGAUUCGCAUGAUCAUGUCUCUGAAAUUAAUGAAAGACUGCAAGCUUGUGGACAAGAUGAUGACAGCCAUGGAUUGAAAAAUGUUGGAUAUCCUGAGGAUCCAAGCAACAGAGAUGUUACAAUCUCUCUCCUAAAACAAGAGAUAGAGUCUGCAUUGACAAGCUUGCAAGAGGUUAGGAGGGAGAUGGGUACACUGCAUGCAGAGAAAGAACAUUUCCGGAUUUCUGAAAGGCAGAGCAAGCAGAGCAUAGAGCUUUGUACAAGUCAGUUACUUUCAUUUGAAGCUGCUAUCUGUGACUUCGAAAAACAGUUUGAACAGAAGGUAGAAGCAGCAAACCAUAAGAUUCAAGCCUUUGAAGAAAUCGUCCAAGAAACCAUGGAUCAUUGGUCUGGAACAAAAGAGUGCGUUGAGAUGGAAAUCGAUGAUGCAAAGAUGAUUGCUGUAGAAAAGGCAGCUGAAGCUUCUUGUUUAUUAGCGAAAUAUGAGGAAGCACAGGAAACAAUGAAAGAAGCUGACGUUAUGAUCAACAAGCUAAUGAUGGUUAAUGAAUCAGUGAAGCUUGAACUGGAAAAUCAGAAGCAAGUGGAAAUCGCCCUUAUAAAUGAAAGGGAGAAGUUGAUUGAAGAGGUUCAUACCUUGCAAACUGCCAGUUGUCGCAAGGAUCAGCAGCUUGAAGACCUUGAGCGGCAAUUUACUGACAGCAUGAAGGAAAUGACGUGUGUUGUUGGCGAGCUGGAGGAUAUUGUUGCGGGCCUCCAAUCCUCUUCCCAAGAAAAUUGCAUGUCAAUGCCUGGUGACUUGGAUAGCUUAAAGUCCUUUGCUCUGGACUCUCGAAAGUUGGUAAGCUCGUGGCUUGAAGAUAUCUGGUCCGAGAUAGUUGUGAAGGAUUGUGCUGUUUCAGUGCUACAUCUCUGUCACAUGGGCAUUCUGUUGGAAACUGUGACAGGCUUGCAUGCUGAAAAUGGUUUGCUCCAAAAUGGCCUGUGCGAGACAAACUCGGUCAUACUUGAUCUCAAGGAGCGUAAUUGCAAAUCCAAUAAAGAGCUCCACAUCUGUCGAACCCUGAAGGGAAAGUUGUUGGCGGACAUCAAGAGAAGCUUUGAUCGCAUAUCAAGGAAAGAAGAGGAAAUGGGUGGGUUUGGUGCCAAGUUAACUAGUUUUGAGAAACACAUCUUUGAUCUGCAGCUUCAAGAGGAGUCAAUGCUACAGAGAUCAAAUUACAUGGGAUCUCAGCUUGCUAUUUUGAUGAAAGAGUUAGACUCGAGUAACAACGAUGUGGUCGAUUCUCUGCUAAAUCAAGAGAAAAUGCUGAAAGACAAAGAAGAGUAUUUAAAUUGUCAGGCUGACCUCUUGAUACUGGAUACCUGGUCUAAAGAAUUUGAGUCAUGCUUCCUGGCUUCACAUCUAAAAGAUACCACUUGGAAAGCGGAGAGAAUGAUUGAGAGUCUGAAGGAAGAUAUAGGUUCCAAGAGUGCUGAAAUUGAAUCAUCUAGAAGUUGUAUAGAAGUCUCCAACAUGGAAAAGCAGGCACUGCAAGAUAAAAUUGACUCCUUGGAAGUUAUUGUUUCUGAUAUGCAAGCAGAUUUGGAGAUGAAAAGCAAUGAAGUAAAUGAACUUCUGAGUUCCCGGUCUGCUAUCACGUAUGAGUUGUUGUCAGAAAGGCAAGAUGUCCAACAUUUUCUUAACAGAGUGAAUGAGUUGGAGGAUGAGAAUGCUCUCUUGCAAGAUGAACUGAGGUCUUCCAAGCUACGCUUUCUUGAAGCCUUCAAUCGUUUGAGCUCAAGAAAUGUCGAGUGUCUUAAUGCACUCGAGACGAUACAGUCUUCAUUUUUCAGGGUAUGCAGUGCACUGGAGGAAGGAUGCUCUGAACUCGUACAUCAAAUAUUCAGUGAGCUAUCAGGAAAAAUAGAGAGCAUGUCUGACUUCAUCCAGGAGAUUGAUCCAUUGGAAUGUUCUGCUGAAAACGUGGCUUCUGCCGUUGUCUCUCUCCAGGCUGAAUUGUCUAGGAAGGAUGACAUUCUAACAGGACUGUUAUUUGAUCUGAGCCUACUGCAGGAGACUGCAUCAAAUACGAAAGACCAGAAAGAUGAGAUUGAGGAAAUCAUGGCAGCAAUGGAGGUUCUAGAGGAUGAGCUUGCUGUGAAAUCGGGUGAGCUUGAUGAGGCCAUUCUGAAUAAUCAAACACUUGAGGCACAAUUACAGGAGAAGAUGGUCAGAGUGGCUGCUCUUGAGGAAGAACUAGCUAAGGAAACUGAAUCUUCGAAAAUCUGUUCUAGCGAAAACGUCAGGUUGCAGGCUGCAAAGGCAUCUCUUGAGCUGGAGGUAGCACAGAGUAAGAACUUGACAGAUAGUUUGGAGAUGGAACUGUCUCAAAUGGGUGAUGUUCUUCGGCAGAUGGACUCUGAAACAGAUUAUCUUCAGAGCAAGUUGAACGAACUUACUGAAGAGAGAGACCAAAUGCUCAGGGAGAUGAAUGCUAUGAGACAACAACUUGAAAAGGCAGAGACUGUGGCCGAAGAAAAAGAAGCUGCUGCAGUGGCUGCUCAACAGGAAGUCGAAUACCGGAAGUUAUAUGCAGAGGACAAAGAGGCUGAGGUGAAGCUAUUAGAAAGAUCCGUCGAAGGGCUAGAAUGCACUAUCAAUGUGCUGGAAAACAAGGUUGAUAUUCUAAAUGAUGAAGCUGAACGACAAAGAUUACAGAGAGAAGAUCUAGAAGUGGAAAUUCAUUCUCUAAAGAAUCAAAUGCAUACUUUUGAAAAUUCUGGCUCCGAAAUGAGAAGGCUUUUAGAGGAGAAAAAGAAAGGCCUCGAAGAUGCGUUGGAUCAUAUUGAAACUCUCAAGAUGGAUAUAUUUGACAAGGAUGCAGAGAUUGACCAAUUCAAGUCACAUAUCUCCGAGUUGAAUUUGCAUGCAGAAGCACAGGCUAGUGAAUAUAAGCAAAAGUUCAAGCAACUGGAAGCUAUGCUCGAACAAGUGAAGCAUGAGGAGUCCUUUAACCAUGCUGCAAAUAUUUCGACGACAAACAAGCCAGAGAAAAUGGUUGUCAGGCCAAGGGGCACCGGGUCUCCUUUCAAAUGCAUCGGUUUGGGUUUGGCUCAACAAGUAAAAUCUGAGAAGGAUGAGGAAAUGACUGCUUCAAGUCAACGCAUUGAAGAACUAGAAUGCUUAGCAGGAAGCCGUCAGAAGGAGAUAUUUGCACUGAACGCCAGAUUAGCUGCUGCUGAGAGCAUGACCCACGAUGUCAUUCGAGAUUUACUUGGAGUGAAGCUUGACAUGACAAAUUAUGCGUCAUUGUUGAAUAAUCAACAACUUCAGAAGAUUGCCGAGAUAGCUCAGUUCAGCAGCUUGAAACAUGAAAUGCAGGAUGAAGACACUAUGCAGCUCAAGAAACAGUUAACUGAAUUCAUAGAGGAACGGAGAGGAUGGAUCGAGGAAAUUGAUCGAAGACAGACCGAGCUGGUUGCUGCACAGGUUGCCCUGGAGAACCUUCGUCAGCAAGAUCAGUUCUUGAAAGCAGAAAACGAGAUGCUAAAGAUGGAAACCGUGAGCCACAAGAGACAGGUAAUGGAACUUGAAGGAGAGGUUAAAAAGCUCUCUGGACAGCAGAACCUCCAGGAGCGCAUUCAUCACCAUGCUAAAAUCAAGGCGAAGAACAGCCUUCUGAAGGCUCAGAACGAAGAGCUGAGCUCGAAGCUUCAACGAUCUAAGAUGGUUCUUUCGCAUGCCAAAGGGGAGUUCAAGCGCUACCGAAGUUCCAUCCAUGGAUGGAACAGCUCACAAGAAAGGUGACAGAAGGAUGGAAUGAUUCCGCAAACACGUUGUCAAUGCAAAGCUCAACCUGACGGGUGGAUGGAUGGGUUAGCCUUUUGCUAACAUCAACCAUCGGUUACUUGCCUGUUCUAGUUGCAAAUUUAGUGUCCAUUAAACCGUACCGUACCGGCGGUUCGACCACGAAAUAUCAGUAUCGGAGGCUAAACCGAUAUGCAGCAUUUACCGGUAUAACGGUUGAACUACGGUUAAACCACGGUUUUACCAUAAAAUACCCUACCGCUGACUUUCCCGAUACGGUCUCCGAUACGGUUUCAUGGACCAUGAAAUUUACCUGUUGUAUAUUUAAAAUCCACUAUUAUGUGUUGCGUAAUAUUUUUGUGCGUUAUAGUGUAAAUUGUAAUUACUUGUUGUAAACAACUCGUGUAAAUAUGAGGUUCAAUCCAUGAUCGGCCUUUUUUUCAGAAUCAGGCAAAUGUUUAUCAGUGUCACCUGUUGUAGGCUGCUCUCAAUUCUCAAAUAUAAAGUUACUUUAGCAAUCCAAUCGAAAAAUAUGAGAUUUUUCAGAGGUUUUGCCAUUGUGAUCACACAGCAUUACCUCUAUAACUAACUUAUAACAAUGUCAACUUGAGACCCUGUCAUUAUUCCUGACUUUCAAAAUUAUGAAAAGGGACGAUUGGUAAAUGAAAUGCUUGCUUUGUUCUAUAAUAUUCAAUCGAAGUUGUACUUCAUUUGCUUCUCAUUACUGUUUUAAAAAAUGUAACUUGGGUGGUUUUAUUGACUAUAGACAACUAAAACCACUCACUAUCAAAAACAACUUUCCGUUUCUGUUAUACAAGUGAAACUAUUUUGAAUAAUUGUGUGUUCCGAUUGUAUUAGGCUAUUAGCCCUAGAAGAAAUCAGCCUAGUUAUUCUGCGAACUUGAAGAUUCGUUAGUAUAUACUAACUAAUAUCCAAAAUGUAUGAUGAACUAAGUCUGCUAAGUAUCUAGAUAGCACAGACUAGUAUUCAAAACAUCACAAACUAGUAUCCAGAUAUGGAUACUCUUAUGGGUUAUCUGGAUACUCUUAUGUGUUAUAUGGAUACUAAUUAUGUACUGUUUGGAUACUAUUAUGUGUUGUCUUGAUAUUAGUUUGUGAAUUUGGGAUAAUAGAUGAUUCAUGGUGGAUAUCAGUUAGCAAACUUUGAAUACUAGUUUGUGUUCUCUAGAUACUUUAGUACUUCGAUAUUAAUUCAUGUAUUUUAGAUAUUAGUUAAUAUCUGCUAACGAAUCUUCUACUUAACUUUCCCCGAAGAAAUAACUUUUUAGUUGAGUUAUAGGUAUAAUAUGCCCCUCUACUAUGACACUUUAUCAAACAUGCCCCUCUACUAUUUUUUUUACAUCAAACAUGCCCUUGUACUAUGUAAAAAUGAUCAAACAUGCCCUUUUAUUAAAAUUUUCAUCCAAAAACCGUUAAUCAAAGCCGAAAUUUAGUUUGAGCGACACAAAUGACUAAAAUAUCCCUAAUAAAUUCACUUUAGAAUU